AUGCGCCAAUCUUCGAGUUCAGUGUUGCUGGCCUCAUUCGCCAGUCAGGCUAAUGUUGCGUGGUACCAUUUUGGUCUCCCCUGUGGCACUUGCUCAAGGGCCCGGGAGAAGCCUUUGCCAAAUGCGCCUCGGCCUCUUCGGGAUGCAGAUAAUCUCUUUGGUAAGCCCGGUCUCCGCCCAGCUGAGCAGGAGCAAGUCGCUGCAGCAAACCAGGUCUAUGUGCAGGCUGUUGAGGUUCUUUUUCUUGCAUUCAGCCGUGGGGCUCUUGUCACCAUUGAAAACCCCGUGCGGAGCUGGUUGUGGCCGUUGCUGGCUGCUCUCGUCAAGAAGCGUGGGCCUGCCUCUUUCCGCAAAUGGUACUUCGACUUGCAGGAUUUUGAUUUUGACACGUGCAUGUUUGGAUCAGGUCGUGCCAAGGCCACUCGCAUCAAGGGCACAACUCCGGCUUUUCAAGGUCUUGCGCGUGCUUGUGACGGCAAACACCAGCAUUUGAGCUGGGCCCCUGUCCGGCUGGGUCAGGGCUGGCAGUUCAAAACUAAGGAUGAGGCGGCUUACCCUCAGCAGCUGUGCGACUUUUUGGUAGCUGCCGCCGGUGCCUGCCCGAAUGCCAAGGCUCAGCAGUGGCGCGCUCGUGAGCUCCGCGCGCAAGUACGUGCCCCCGCUGGGCACCAAUCUAGAUACGCUGCUGCUUUGAUCCCGGAGUUUGAGUACCAGGCUCCCCUUUCCCAGGCAGAGCGGGGCGAUGAGGUUGCAAAGAGGCUUGCUGGGGGCUCUUCGGACAUUGUGGGUGUCUAUCAUACCAUGGAGCAGCAUAUACAACUGGCCUCUGGUUUGGAGUCUCCUUCAGAGUCGGCUCACCAGGUUCCCGAUGCUGUACGCCGGAACAUCUUUACGCUCUGCACUGAGGGGCCUCUCGCAGUGUCAAAGCGACGCCUGCAGGCAUUGAACCAACUGAACGCUCGUCUCAAGGAGCUCGAGGCCAAGGAGGCUGUGUUGCGUCAGGGUAUGCAUCCUGAUGUGGAAGAGGUCAGCAGAGGGAAGGCCAUUUGUCUUUUCCGUGAGCUCCUAGAAGAGACGGGGUUUGGGGAUCUCUCUGUUGUUGACUCCUUGGUUUCGGGUGUAGAGCUUGGGGGUGUUGAGCCCGAGUGUCGGCUGUUCCCUGAGCGUCGUCGACCUAUGCAGAUUCACCCGGAUCAGCUGGAUGCCCAAGCUCAGAUAAGGCGUGAAGAAACCAUGCGUCGACGCCCUCCUUCAGAUCCGGCCGAUUCUGCUGCCUUGAUUGAUGAAACCACUCAGGAGAUUGAGGCCGGUUUCCUGCUGGGGCCUUUCACUUCGGUUGAGGAGGUCAGUGAUUUCUUGGGCUGCCAAUGCUGGUCCCUGUCGCCUCGUUUCCUCUUGAGCCAGGGCGAGGAUGGCAAAGUUCGCGUCAUCGAUGACUUCAGUGCUUCAUCCGUCAACCAGAGCUUUGAGUCCCACUCGCAUUUGGUGCUGCAGGAUACUGACUUCACCGUGGGACUCUUGCGCUUCCUGUCACGCGUUUUGCUAAACAAGACAGAGGUCGUAGUGCCUCUGUCUGAUGGGCAGGUGUUGCGUGGGUCCUGGUCAUCCGAGAUGCUGCAUUCACCUCCUUUGCUUGCUAAAACGAUCGACUUGAAGAAAGCAUACAAACAGGUCGCAGUCAAGCCAUCAUCGUGGAGGCAUGCGGUACUUGGCUACCCGGACAAGAAAGAUGGUUGGACCUUUGCGGUCUCCCGAAGUCUUCCUUUUGGUGCUACUGCAAGCGUCUAUGCCUUCAACAAGUUGGCCCUGGCGCUGCUGCGCAUCAUGGUAGUCAAGUUCCACGCCAUUGCCACGGACUUCUAUGAUGAUUACACCGUCUUCGAGUUCAAGCCAGCUGCCUCUUUGUUGGAUAAGGUGCUUUGCAGACUGCUCAAGAUUCUUGGCUGGAUCUUCGCCGAGGAUGGCAAGAAGUUCGUCCCGUUUGGACCGCAGGUCGUGACACUGGGCGUUGUUCUGAACCUUGAAGACAUUUGGAAGGGCCGGAUUACCGUUUCCAACAAGCCGGGGCGUGUUGACAAGAUUUGCUCGAUGCUGGCCCCCCUAGCGGAGGGCAAACCGGCCACAAGGUCGCAGCUGGCUAGCCUACAUGGUUUGUUGAACUUUGCGGGCGGCAACGUGCUGGGUUUCCAACUCAAACCUGCUGUUCGGAUGUUCUCGAAGGCCCUUGCCAGGGGCCGCACUUUUGGUGAUGAGCUUCGUGCCGCUGCAUUGCUUGCGCUGGAUGUCUUGAAAGCGGCUAGGCCGAGGACUUUGGUGGCCCGCGUGACGCCGCCGAUGAUCCUUUACACCGAUGGUGCAUAUGAGGCAGGAGCGGCAACCUGGGGGGCUAUCCUCCUAGACCCGCUUAGCGGAGUUCGCUGGAUGUUUCAUGGUGCAGUGGGCAGUGCUUUGUGCAACCAUUGGAGACGGCAUGCUGGGGAACAGAUAAUCUGUGAAGUGGAAGCCUUCGCGGUUGCGCUUGUUCUAUACGGCUUGAGAGGUGUGCUGCGAGGUCGUUGCAUCACCGCGUACAUCGACAACGAUGCUGCCCGAUAUGGCUUCAUUCGGCGUACGUCUCCUUCGCUGUGCAUGUCGAGCAUAAUAUGCUUGGUGACUUUGCUUGAGGCCAUACUUGAGACUUCGUUGUGGUACGAAAGAGUACCCUCGAAGUCCAAUCCGUCGGACUUGCCAUCGCGAGGUGCUCUUGAGGAGGCCAUGAUGCGCUUCAAGGUCUUGGACAAGGGCGAUGUGGCUGUAUCCGAACAUGUUCUUUCAAUGCUUGUUUCAAAGACUUACGAUCCCCGCUUGGCUGAUGCCAUUGCCAAAGCGGUGAGAUGCGAAGCAGACUUGAUGGCAGAACUUUGCCAAUGA